CUUGCUAACGAAAGGACAUAUCUUGCCUGGCUGCGAUCAUCUUUAUCUUUGAUCACUGUCGGCGUUGCGGUUACUCAGCUCUUUCGACUCCAGAUCAAUACUUCGCCUGCAUCGUCCCAUGAGCUGAUCAAGGUCUCGGAGCUUGGUCGACCAUUGGGAGGGUCCUUCAUUGCGCUAGGUAUCGUGUUUCUUUGGCUUGGAACCUCGCGGUACUUCCACAGUCAGAGUGUACUCUCGUAUGGACAAUUCCCAGCAAGUCGAGGGAGCGUUAUCAUUGCUACAGUCAGCAUCAUGGCAGUUCUGCUAGCUUGCUUCAUCAUAGUCAUUCUU